GCUUUAUGCCAACAAGAAAUAUAUCAUUGACUUUUAUGUUUUAUAUAUUUGCAUCCAUUUUCAUCCGACCCUAAAACACAAACUAGAGGCAAAAAAGGGAAAAAAUGUAUAGAUUUCCUGGUACCUCCAGCAUCACCUUCAAUCACAAUUUGUCUAAAUACUAUGUCAGUUUCGAAGGAAAGAGUAUAGAAACAACAGUCACAGACAAAGCAGCAAUUACAAGUGAAUGGAUUGAAGAAAUCUAUUCAAUUCAUAAUGGAAAUGCAAAGGUUAUUGUUGGUUUGGACGUCGAAUGGAGGCCUCACCCCAUUCAAUCAAUGAGUAACAAAUCAGCAACUCUGCAACUCUGCAUAGAUGAUAAGUGUCUGAUUCUUCAACUCUUUUACAUGGAUGAAAUUCCAGAUUCUCUGAAAAACUUUCUUCUGGACCCUAAAUUUACUUUUGUGGGAAUUGAAGUGGCUGACGAUAUUUUGAAGCUUAAGAAUGAAUAUGGGCUGGAUUGCAGCAGCAGUUCUGAUAUUCGAUCAGUGGCGAAGAGUAUGUGGCCGUGGAGGUUUCGUCGUCCUGGAUUAAAGGAUCUUGCCUUGGAAAUAUGUGGGCUUAGCAUGAAGAAGCCUAAGCAUGUUUGCAUGAGUAAUUGGGAGGCAAGAGAGCUUAAUAAUAAUCAAGUUGAAUAUGCAUGCAUUGAUGCAUAUGCUUCUUACAAGAUCGGUCACAAACUGCUGAUUGAACUGUCAACCAAUUAAGGGAUGUUUGAAAGUACUAUGUUUAAGAUUUUAAUGGGAUUUGUGCGUUUAUCUAUGUUUUAGUAUUAUUAUGUAAAUUUGACGUGUUCUUGAAUAAAUAUAUAAUUCUCUAUGUCACUUGUUAA